UCCGGUCCGCUGAGUCGCUUCUCUUCUGGUUUACGUGUAGUUUCUGCUUGAAAAUGGCUGAGAAAAAGACAAACUCCAGCACUAACCUGCUGUUCUCCACAGCACCGGAGUUCAGUUUAAACGUGCCCUUCAUACCUGUGAGUCAGGCCGCGGGUCCGGCUGUGUUACCAGCAGAUGAUUCUGCAGAUGUGGGGGAGGAGGACAGUUUUCUGGGCCAAAGCUCUAGUUCACAACCUGCCACCUUCACCUACUUCUCAAACCCGACAAAUAGCAGUGAUCCUUUUGCUUCCAUUGGCCGGCAGUCCUGUGCACCUCCUACAGCAACUUCAACCACCGUGUCCAUCCCCAGCGAGCCCCCUAGCUCUUCAGUUUCUCAUCCUGCUCCAGUCUCCCAGUUUGGAAAUGUGGUGUACCCCAACCCACUGGCGAGGAGCAUACCGCCUUCAAACACUACAGCCCUGCCCCCUCCACAGGCUCAGCUGCAAGGGUACAACCCAUACCGCCACACGCCCCUGAGCAGCCGGGCCAAUCCCUACCUGACGCCCCCGGAAAUCCAGCAGCACCAUGUACAGCCGCAGUCUGUGGCGUAUUCUCAGAGUGUGCCUGUGGCCUCGCCUCCUCAGAUGUACCAGAGUGUGGCUUCCCCCUUUUCACAGGCAUCACUGGCACAUGGACAGUUGCCGCCUGCCCCACCCACUGCUGGUCCCCUGGUGCUGGCUACGCCCAUGAUGCCCUAUUCCUACAGUGUGUAUGAACGCAUUCAGCCUCACUGGUUCUUCUGUAAACAAGUGGAGUCAAAGAAGAUCUGGCUUCCAUUCAGCAUCCUAGACUCUAUUCAGCUAGAGGAGACAUUCAACUCAGUCCAGCCAGACCCAGAGAGCGUGGUGGUGCGCACAGAUGGUGGCCGCUAUGAUGUGCAGAUGUAUGAGCGCCUCAGGAACGCUAUCUACUGGGAGGAGGACCCAACGGAGGUGCGGCGCUGCACCUGGUUCUACAAAGGCGAUGCAGACAGCCGCUUUGUGCCUUACUCCGAGGAGUUCAGCGACAAGCUUGAGGCUGAGUAUAAGAAAGCAGUUUCCACAAACCAAUGGCAUCGUAGGCUGGAGUUUCCUACAGGAGAGACCAUUGUGAUGCACAACCCGAAGGUUAUCGUUCAGUUCCAGCCGUCCGCAGUGCCAGACGAGUGGGGGACAACUCAGGACGGCCAGACACGCCCCCGGGUGGUGAAGAGAGGAAUUGACGAUGAGCACGAUGACAUCCCCGACGGAGAGAUGGCUCAGGUGGACCAUCUGGUCUUCAUGGUCCAUGGGAUUGGCCCUGUGUGUGACCUGCGCUUCAGGAGUGUGGUGGAGUGUGUGGAUGACUUCCGCAGCGUCUCACUGAAGCUGCUGCAAAGCCACUUCCAGAGAGCCCAGGAGGAGCAUAUCAUCAGCCGUGUGGAGUUCCUGCCCGUGCAGUGGCACACUGCGCUCCAUGGGGAUGCCACUGGUGUGGAUAGGCGGCUGAAGAAGAUCACUCUGCCCAGCAUCGGCCGCUUGCGCCACUUCACCAACGAGACCCUGCUGGAUGUGCUCUUCUACAACAGUCCGACCUAUUGCCAGACCAUCCUAGACACGGUGGCCAUAGAGAUGAACCGGCUGUUCGCCCUCUUCAUGAAAAGGAACCCUGGCUUCCAGGGGAGCGUGUCCGUGGUGGGGCAUAGUUUAGGUUCUCUUAUCCUCUUUGAUUUGCUGUCCAAUCAGAAAAUGGCUUUCCCACUGCUGCCUCCCCCUGCUGCUGACAGCAGAAACCUGGAGGAGAGUAAGCAGGUUGCAGGUCCCCUCCUACAGGGAGGUGAUGCCACCCCCCAGCAGGUGGUGGAUGAGGGACCUGUGCAGGAAGAGGAGGAGUUAGCCAACCUUUCAGCUGUACUGGAGCAUCUCAGCCUCUCUGAAUACCUCAACACUUUUCAAGAGGAAAAGAUUGACAUGGAGUCCCUGCUCAUGUGUACCGUGGAGGACAUGAAGGAGCUGGGAAUCCCACUCGGGCCACGGAAAAAGAUAGCCAAAUUUGUGAAAGAGCGGAUGGCCACGCAGACAGCGAGACAGGCAACAUCCGAGUUCCGGUCGGCCCCGGAGACAGGGAAUCCGACAGCCCAACAGAGCCAAUUAGCAAAUGCUGUUGCUGACCCUGUCUCCCAGAAGGUCCCUGGUGGAGGCACGAUGUCCUCUGUGCAUGUGGACUAUAACUACUUUGAAGUGGGUACUGGGCAGGUGUCUGUGGUCUACCACACUCUGGACUUCGAGCCUGUGAAUUUCUUUGCCUUGGGCUCUCCUAUUGGGAUGUUCCUGACUGUACGUGGCCUGGAGACGAUUGAGGAGAACUACCAGCUGCCCACCUGCAAGGGUUUUUUUAACAUCUACCACCCGCUGGACCCGGUGGCUUACAGGAUCGAGCCAAUGAUUUUGCCAAACAUCGAGCUGAAGCCAGUUCUCAUUCCUCACCACAAAGGGAGAAAGAGGCUCCAUUUGGAGCUGAAAGAGAGCCUGAGCCGUAUGGGCUCUGACCUGAAGCACGGCUUCAUCAGCUCCCUGAAGACGGCCUGGCAAACGCUAAAUGACUUCGCCCGUGCCCAUACCUCCUCACCCCAGCUGCAGGCAGAGCUGGAGAAGGUGGCCAAUCAGAUCAAGGAGGAGGAGGAAAAGCAGGAUAGUGAAGUUCUCAGGUUGGUGGAGAACCCAGACGCUGUCAAGGAGGAGGACCCCCCGGUGAAGAUUGGGAUGCUGAAUGGGGGUGGGCGCAUCGACUAUGUGCUGCAGGAGAAGCCCAUUGAGAGCUUUAAUGAAUACCUGUUUGCGCUGCAGAGCCACCUGUGUUACUGGGAGUCUGAAGACACAGCUCUGCUGAUCUUGAAGGAGAUCUACAAGAUGAUGGGCGUCUACCCAGAACAGACCUUGCAUUAGUGCUGGGGGGGGGGGGGGGAAAGAUACAUUUUCUUUCUGCUUUUUUGUGCUCUAUUUGAAGUAAUAGGAUUAAUACAUCAUGAGUCUUCAAUUAUAAGCAGAAAUGAAAUUUCUAGUGAAUUUCAACUAUACUCCAUAUUUUAUAAACUAUAUAGAGACAGA